CGGAGUCUGACGUCACACCACGAACCGGAAGUAUUUCCCUCUGCAGUUGGUCCGUGUGACCAGAGUCAAUAUUGGAACAGCGCAAUACUACGAUGGCUACUCGGCUGCUCAUGAGGAGAGUCUGGAACGUCGCUGUGAAAGAUUUCCGCCGCCUUCCUGCCCCCACCGCCGCCUCGCUCUCCUCCUCGUCACGCUCCUCCUCCCUGAACACCUCGGUCCACAGGCAGUCCUUCCUUUCUCCUUCUCGCCCUCUCUCUCUGUCCUCACACAGGUGUGUCUCCUUCAACGUGCAGGACCAGGACGACUUUACUAAGAGGGUCAUCAACAGCGACCUUCCCGUUCUGGUGGACUUCUACGCACAAUGGUGUGGUCCCUGUAAGAUCCUGGGCCCAAGGCUGGAGAAGGCCAUUGCUAAGCAGGAGGGUCGAAUCGCCAUGGCCAAGGUGGACAUUGACGAGCACACUGACCUCGCCAUAGAAUACGGGGUGUCCGCGGUUCCCACGGUGAUAGCCAUGCGCGGCGGUGACAUCAUCGACCAGUUUGUCGGGAUUAAAGAUGAAGACCAGCUGGAUUCAUUUGUUAGCAAUCUUAUUGGACAAUGAGCCUGUCAGUCAAAGCGUCAAGCCCAACCCUCUUUACAGUUUAGAUUACAACUCUGGAAAGCCACAUAAUCAUUUUAUAUAACAAACACACAGACCAGGCUAAUCCACGUUUUACCUGGCAACCACCACAUUGUACACAUAAGAUUAUUAUUAUUUUUUUUAGUAUAUGUGGGCAUGUAUCUGUCUGUUUACCUUUUGUUCUUUACUCACCCUUCUUUGCUGCUGACAAUAGUGAACCGCUACACAUUUUGUAGAAUUUUGUUAAAAGGAAAACUUUCAUAAGAAGGACCUUUGAUGUUGUCACAGCUGCUUCAGUUCUCCCUGCUGUUCCUGCUGUCCUCCACCCGAGGGCAUGCUUCUCCACACAAGACCACACAAGAAUGUCAUGUCUAUAUCUUUAAUUUAUCUCAGACAUCCAGUAUAAGGUCACGCCCGUCUAACGAAUGCAGUUAUAAACAUAUACAGCAGUGCUGAUCCUUGAUCAAUAUUCUCACUCAGAGAGAGCUAAAGAAAUAAAUACGAGCUUGUGUGUAUGUGUGACACCGUUUGUGUUCCAACUGUGUGCCUGUUUUGACUGUGAAAUCAAAUGUUAAUGUGGGAAUAAAGCAGAUGUUCUGUACGAUGUUCUA